AUGAGGGGUGAGGCCCCUCCAGGCCCAAAGAUGGGGAACAUCACUGGAGACAACGGCUCGCUGAGCUGUGCCAUCGACCACACCAUCCACCAGACGCUGGCGCCGGUGGUCUAUGUCAUGGUGCUGGUGGUGGGCUUCCCAGCCAACUGCCUGUCCCUCUACUUCGGCUACCUGCAGAUCAAGGCCCGGAAUGAGCUGGGCGUGUACCUGUGCAACCUGACAGUGGCCGACCUCUUCUACAUUUGCUCACUCCCCUUCUGGCUGCAGUACGUGCUGCAGCACGACAACUGGUCCCACGGCGACCUGUCCUGCCAGCUGUGCGGCAUCCUCCUGUACGAGAACAUCUACAUCAGCGUGGGCUUCCUCUGCUGCAUCUCCAUCGACCGCUACCUGGCCGUGGCCCAUCCCUUCCGCUUCCAUCAGUUCCGCACCCUGAAGGCCGCCAUGGGAGUCAGCGUGCUCAUCUGGGCCAAGGAGCUGCUGACCAGCAUCUACUUUCUCAUGCACGAAGAGGUGGUGGAGGACCGGGACCGGCACCGCGUCUGCUUCGAGCACUACCCGCUCGAGCCCCGGCAGCGCAGCAUCAACUACUACCGCUUCCUGGUGGGCUUCCUCUUCCCCAUCUGCCUGCUACUGGCCUCGUACCGGGGCAUCCUGCGGGCCGUGCGCCGCAGCCAUGGCACCCAGAAGAGCCGCAAGGACCAGAUCCAGCGGCUGGUACUCAGCACCGUGGUCAUCUUCCUGGCCUGCUUCCUGCCCUACCACGUGCUGCUGCUCGUGCGCAGCCUCUGGGAGUCCAGCUGCCACUUCGCCAAGGGCAUCUUCAACGCCUACCACUUCUCCCUACUCCUCACCAGCUUCAACUGCGUGGCCGACCCCGUGCUCUACUGCUUCGUCAGUGAGACCACGCACAGGGACCUGGCCCGCCUCCGUGGGGCCUGCCUGGCCUUCCUCACCUGCGUCGGCAGUGGCCGGGCCCGGGAGGCCUACCCAUUGGGCACCCCCGAGGCCCCAGGGAAGAGCGAGGAGCCCAACGUGCUGACGAAGCUCCACCCGGCCUUCCAGACCUCCCAACCACCCGGAGCGGGAGGAUCCCCAGCGGGCGGACUGGCCUAG